AAAAGUGUAGGGAUGUCAAUGGAGCGGCUCAGUUCAGAUCCACCAACACCAGCCUCACGCCGUUUAAUGGGCUGUUUGGUAUACAUGUUUGCUUACUGAGGAUUGGGAAUUUAAAGCCCAACCCAAACAUGUUUGGAAAGCUCACCCGACUGGAAGAACAACCAAGCCUAGCCGCCUCUGCUCUUCAUCUCCUUCCUUCCAUCAACCAAUUCUUGCUAAAUCAGAUCUCCUCAAAGAUGGCCCUUAAGACCCCUCAUCCUUUUCUGCAGCUGGGAUCAUUCCCACGUAGCUGCAGCUUUGGUUUCAAAUCAUAUGGAGUACUUCAAAAUUCUGUGCCCAUGUCAAAGGUCUAUUGUGCAAUGAACAUGGCGGCAGGGCAGUCAUCAAAUGAUUCCGGGAAAACAAAGUUUGACCAGUUGAUGGAGAAGGCAAGGAAAUUGUGGGAAGGUUUCCCUCAACCAGUGAAGAACUUCCCUUGGAACAGAGCAUUUGACAACUUCAUUCAGCUUACCCUGGACCUCAUCUUGGCAGUUUUUAAAUACUUAUCUGUACCUUUACUCGCCGUGUCCUCUCUUAGCGAGAUGUCUUACUGUGCACAUGAAAGGAAGCUGAAACUUGUCCCUUUUCCAUUAUUCAUCGGAAUUACUCUUGCUGGAGUCUUGAGGCAGACAGCCUUGGAAAUUUCCCCACUUCUCAAGAAUGCAGAAGUUCCUUGGCAUCUAAUUUGCAUGGCUAUUUUCUUCACUUUGCUUAAAUUACCUGGCCCACACUACCCGUACUGGGGGCGCAUAUUUAUCCCACAUUUUGCUAAUGGGGGUUUAUUAAGGACUCUGUGGUUUACUAUUUUGUGGUACAGAAGACCUCAAAACAAAUCAAGAACAACAUUGCCACAGGAUUCAGAAAACAAGUCUUAAUUCUUCCAGGUAGUAUUUUGUCAAACGAAGAUUGUGGUAAUUGAAUGCUAAGGCCGCACUUCUGAGAGUUAAGAGAAUUUUAUUUCAGGUAGUAUUUUGUUAAAAAGUUUGUGAAUUGAAUGUUUUUACUGGUUUUGAUGGCAGUGAGAAUACCAAUUUAUCAUUUCUUUCUCCAAGUGCAUGGUCAAGGUCGCGGCACAAUUGGCAAACCAUCUGCUUGUUUGGUGUACAGAAUCGUUUAGUGACUUGUGCUGUUAAAUAUUCAAAUGCAAAAUGUUUUGGUAUAACAAAUCUGAUACAGAUUUAUUCAUCAUUAACUAGCAUUUCAGUGUUAGUGUGCAUUUAAUCGAGCUGACUUGACGGCAGUAGGGUUAUAUUUUUUGAUGCCUUCUGCAUAAUCUUAUAAAACUAUUUUUGAUGGUAGAAACUUGUGACUUUAAGUGUUAGAGCUUAUGUGCUCGAUUAUAUUUUGUUUGUGAGAAAGGUAAAAAAUCACUAAGAAUUUAUAGUA